GCGGUUUAAGCUAGCAGGCUAACACGCGGCCAAGGAACGCUUUGCUAAUCUGUUCACUCUUUAUUCGCCUGAAAAGAAAACAAUAUCUCCCGACAGGCCUGUGUGAACGCUGCCCACCGCCCCAUGCCUCUGUGUGCGGGGACGGGACACAGUUAGCCGGGGGAGCCGAAGAGGAAAGCAGCUAGCGGUGCUGUCCAACAUGGAGGAUGAAGAGGUUGCAGAGAGCUGGGAAGAGGCGGCGGACAGCGGGGAAAUAGAGAGAAGAUUUGAGGCUAAGCUGAAAAUAAAUCAAGAGGCCAAGAAAUCCAGCUUGAGUUCAGGUGGUUCACCUGUGCGAACGGCUAUUGUAAUCCAGGACGACUCUCUUCCUGCAGCACCACCACCACAGAUCAGAAUUUUAAAGCGUCCUACGAAUAACGGUACCGCAGGAAACCCUGCAUCCUCAUCCCGUCCUUCUCAGCAGAUGAAGUCUUUGGCGCAGCGGGAGGCAGAGUAUGCAGAGGCCCGAAAAAGGAUUUUGGGUAGUGCUUCUUCAGAUGAUACGCCUCAGGACAAUCCAUGCCAGGACAGGCCAGUUCGUGUGAGUGUGCAACAAACAUCAGAACCAGUACGUCCAAACAAUCAUGUGAUCCGCCAGCCGACCGGCCCAGACGGCACCUCAGGCUUCCGACUCUGCAGAUAAACAGGGGCUGCUGCUGCAAGGAAUAGGCUCCUCAGAGGGCAUGAGGGGUGGCAGUUACUGGGGUUGUGUGUGGUGUGAAGAGCAGAGUGGUGGGACAAUACUAAAUUUGACAGACAUUAGAAAUAUGAAGACGCACCGUCAGACGAAUUACUCCACCCUCUCUCUACUCUGCUUACUGGCAUGAUCUUUGACUUUCGCCUUGUCUUCUCCCCCUGUGGAACAACGCAAGGGGCUGGCAGAGAUCAGCCAAAGAUCCAAAACCCCUUCUGUUCCACACUGUGAACAGGCUUUUGCCUCACGUCCCUACACACUGUGAUACUUUGACGUACCAUGAGGUGCCCUAUGAUUCUUACUCUCAUUGGCCGGCCGAGUGCCAGGGCAUCAGGUGUCUGUCCCUUCAGGGAGAGUAAGGAGAGCUUGUGAAUCUGUGGGAUGCCCCCGGAGACAUGCAAACGAGCGAGCUGGCCUUUCCACUAAAGGAAUCGGUGGGAAGUGGAGUCAGUCAUGGCUGUGUGUCCACCGGGAAGCUGGGUUCAGUGGAAAUAAAGUGCUUGACAGUGCCGAGAGUUAACUAUGGGUUCAGCAGCUUGAGUUUAAGGUGAUAGAAAGUCAUGCUGAUACAGUGCUUUCAGUAAAAGUGCAUUGUGCUCAGAAGUGUUUUAAUACUGUAGUUGCAUUGCAAUGGGAGCAGCCCAGACCAGCACUUUCCACAGUCCAGAGGCCUCUGUUUGGCACUGGUGGCUUUAAAAGAAAUGUCCGGUGGGCACACAGCCUGUGGCCAAAGAUUAUGUAUUGAGAGGACAGAGUGUCACUAAAUCUAAGCUUAUUCAAGCAAUAAUAAUGAAAUUACUCCCUGUUUUUGUUUUUUUUACAUAUUGUGUAAUUAUCUGUAUUGUUUUCUUUUUUCUUAAGUUUGUGGGGUUUUGUAGUUUCUGAGACAUGUUUAAGUCAGAAGAUCAGUAGUUUAAAGCGACUAGUUGCUGUAGCCUGCAUAGGAUCCUUAAUUGAUAGUGUCACAUUAAAAUUUUAUGAAAAUAGGAAAGGUCUGACCUAUUCAUGAAUUGAAAAAUCUGAAGUGCAUAGUGAUGCAUUAAUGUCCCUGCUUGUGUUGCCUUGCUUAGCGUAGCUAAGGUUGAACUUCUCUCAUAGCCAACGACAAUGCAUCUGUCCAGCAAAGACUGUGGUUGGUUUUUGCAUCAGUUUUAGUAUAUAUUGACUGAUUGUGAGCUAUUAAAAUGAUGGUUAGUAAAUGAGGAUAACUUAGCCACACGACAAAAGUCUGUCAGUAGAGAUUGUGCUAAAAACCAGAAAAAGUUCAUCUUUUAAUCUGUGUCCUUAAGAAUGAAGCCAAAUUCCACUGUCUGGUCUUUCCAGCAGUGUUUUUCACACAGCAGGAUUUUACACCAUUGUUUGUUUGUUUGCAACCGAUUGAAAAUAAAGGUUUGCAAACCUUGAAAACCAACAAUCUAAUCAAAUGCCGAUGACUUAGCAGCACUGACAGUUACUGACAGGUUCAAAAUUAAUGAUACCUGCAGCAUUUUUUGACACUUGUAUGCCUUAAUGAUAAAUGAUCCCUGUGGUUAUAUAUGUUCACUUUCCAACGCGUAGAGCUCGUUUAUCUAGUGCUGUUUUGUGCGCUCGUGAUAGGUUCAUUAUUGCAUUGAAUCAACUCUACAUAACUGCACCAAGCGAGAGUUUUAGCAAAUAUAAAACCAGACAAAAUAAGGGUGCGGUAAUGUUUUUCUCAGAGACAUGCUCCGUGACUGCUUUCAGCAUAGUUUGUCCAAAUAGUUUCUUGUGUCAGUAAAAUUGAAACGUUAAAUUAUACGACUAGCUUUGAGCAAACGCUCUAUUAAAAACUUACAACUACGGUUUCAUCUGUACCGCCUGUUUUAACCUCACUAACAGCUGAAAAUUAAGACCUUUAGGUUCAGAGGAGUACAUCGUUCACUGAUGAUUUCUGGGAAAUGAAAUUACCCUUUUGUUGCUGUUCAGUUGUAUAUUGCAGUUACUAUAUCUCAGUAUUUUUAUUUUAUGGUAGCAUAUACUGAGUACUUUUACAUGCACAUAAAUAUCCUAGUUUUGAGUCCUAUUCUGGUUUUGAUCUUAUUUGGGAUAUGAUGUUUAAAUGUAUAAAUGAUGACAACAGUAAUCAGGUUUCUGAGCAUCUGUGUGCAGUUGUAUCUUGAUGCCAAAACAAUUUUGUACCAACAGAGAAUGUUCAGAAAUCUGAAGAAUAAAAGAUAUUUACAGUAUACAGGUUUCUCAAAACUGGGAUACGGCCUUAUCCAGGUCUCUGAAACCAGGACAUGAUGUUUACAUGUGCAAACAUAACCUGAAUUCUCAAAAAACAAACAAACCCAUCAUAACCAGCAUACUUGUGCACAUGUAAACACUCACUGUUAAGAGGAGUGGACCAAUAACAUCAUGAAUACAUGCCCAUAAUACACUGUACUCAAGGAUCAGGUGCAAUUACUGAGAUGAAGUUUAUAUGUAAUCAUUUUAAACUGAUAAUUAACAGUAAAUAAACAUCACCACCACCUACGGUAAAUAACCAUCCUGUAGCUGUGUGAUCUACCCAUGAAGCUUUGUUUCAGUCCUUCACGGCCAUCUGUCUAGUUUGAGGCUGACUUGAUGUCAUUGUCAUUUUGAGACUUGAAAACACAGAUGAAAAUUGAUUACCCUUUAAUAAAGACACUUAAAAUGAAGAGAAGUUGAUAUACGUUUGUUUUGUGAAACAGCUCAGUCCUUCAGCAGAAGGUUGAAUGAGUAUGAAACAUAUAUCUGUGAGGAUUCUCAGUCAUCCAGGUCAUGGUUAUUCAAGGAGGGUUGAAUUGAGGGCAACAAGUUCAGUUACCCUUGAGUUCAAUUGCCCUCAAUUCAACCUUCCUUGAAUAUGAGGCAUAUAUUUUCUUAUAGAUCAAAACCUCUGUAUUGGCCACAUGUAUUUUUUCAGUGAUGCAAACUAAAUGUAAAUUCAGUCAAAAUAUCAGUCUAGAUGUCAUCAAUAAAUGCAACACAAUGUUUUAACAAAUGUAUUUGGGACUGGUUCUCAUUCUGCCUUCUUUCUUUACAUGUAAUCUUGGAAGUAUUGUAUCCCAGAAUUCCCUUUGUGACCCAUAUAAAGGUAAUAAAACUUUAAUCUGCAAUGCUGCAAACUCUGCUUGAGGGAAAUAUUCCCCAAUUUAGCACAUUGUAAUAAAUGUAUUGAGGAGGAAAUCUGAAACUGUUUGUUUUUUUAAAGGUUAUGUAAAG